GAGAAUCCGAGCAAACCUACGCGGUAGACGAAAUAAUCCAAAACAAUGGCGACCUCCAGCGACUCCAGGUCUAAUAAAUCCUUCAUCAUCAACCACAUGAAUGGCGACCACCAAGACUCCCUGGCGCUCUACCUCCGCGUCUACUGCCACGUUUCGUCAGGAACCGCCCGCGCCGCAAAGCUCGAAGACAUCACGCUGAACGACCUCCUCAUCAGCGUCAAGGGCACCCGCUACACCGUGCCCCUGGACCCACCGAUGAAGAGCCUCUCGGAGACGCGCGCGCGCGUCGUGGCCAUGCACAAGGAAUGCCUCGCGACACUGGGCCUGUCGGACAUCGUGAUCAAAGAGUACAAGCUGCCGCGCGGGGGCCAGAUCGUGGCCUUUGGGCUCUGCGCGGCCUUCUUCGCGCUGUUCAGCCGGCGCAGUCACUUCCUGCCCGGCUCGGCGGUCUACGAGACGGUCGGAUUGGACAAGUUCCCCAACGCUACGGAGUUCUGCCACCAGUACCAGCCGCAUCUGUUCUUCGGUAUCUUGGGUUGCCACAUCGUCGAGGCGAGUCUGCUGGCCUGGAAGCGGUUGCGGGUGCACGGCGUCCCAUUCCUGUCGGGGGUGUGGUGCGCGUGGUAUGCGUCGACGGUGGUGGAGGGGAUGUCGGCUUGGGUACGGAUCAACGGGAUGGUCAAGAAGGAGCAGUCGAAGCGGGAGAAGCAUCAGUAGAGGAUAGGGACCUGGACUGUACAUAAUUCAAUUUGGCCUGCAUACAACAAU